AUGAACAGCAUGUCAUCACUCACGUUUGAUUCUCACGCUAUAUGCAACCUUCACCGCCCCUUUUCAUACCGCCACUCUCGUCCCUCUCCGAACGUUGUCUUAUGCUCCGCCAAGCCCGUCGCGCCUCCUCCCACCAAGCUCGCCGCCGCCGACACCUCCGUCUCUCGCUUCGGCUCGCUGAGCCAGGUCUCCGGCGUGCUGGGUUGCCAGUGGGGUGACGAGGGCAAGGGGAAGCUCGUUGACGUCUUGGCCCAACACUUUGAAAUCGUUGCUCGCUGCCAGGGUGGAGCUAAUGCUGGGCAUACUAUCUACAAUGAAGAAGGGAAAAAGUUUGCCCUUCAUCUUGUUCCUUCUGGUAUUCUCAAUGAGGAUACACUGUGUGUUAUUGGGAAUGGGGUCGUAGUGCACCUGCCGGGGUUGUUUAAAGAGAUUGAUGGUCUUGAGUCAAAUGGGGUCUCUUGCCAGGGAAGGAUAUUGGUAUCUGAUCGUGCUCACCUGUUGUUUGAUUUCCACCAAGUAGUGGACGGGUUAAGAGAAGCCGAGCUUGCUAAAUCUUUCAUUGGCACCACCAAGAGAGGCAUUGGACCCUGCUACUCCAGCAAGGUUAAUCGCAAUGGCAUCCGAGUGGGUGAUUUGAGGCACAUGGAUACUUUUCGCCAGAAACUUGAUCUUAUAUUGUCAGAUGCAGCAUUGAGGUUCAAAGAUUUUAACUAUGGUCCAGAUGUGCUGAGGGAAGAAGUUGAAAAAUACAAGAGAUAUGCUGAGAGGUUGGAACCAUUUAUUGCUGAUACUGUGCAUGUCAUGAAUGACGCCAUAGCACAGAAGAAGAAGAUUUUGGUUGAAGGAGGACAAGCAACCAUGCUGGACAUUGAUUUUGGAACUUAUCCUUUUGUUACAUCUUCUAGCCCAUCAGCAGGUGGGAUAUGCACUGGUCUUGGUAUUGCUCCAAGGGUACUUGGUGAUUUAAUAGGAGUGGUGAAGGCAUACACUACAAGAGUUGGUUCUGGACCUUUUCCUACUGAAAUUUUGGGUUCAGGGGGUGAUCUACUCAGAUUUGCUGGGCAGGAGUUUGGGACAACUACUGGCCGUCCUCGGCGGUGUGGUUGGCUUGAUAUAGUUGCCUUGAAAUACUCGUGUCAGAUCAACGGGUUUUCAUCGUUGAAUCUUACCAAGCUGGAUGUUUUAUCAGAUCUUGAAGAAAUUCAGUUGGGUGUCUCUUACAAACUUGCUGAUGGCACCCUAAUCAAAUCAUUUCCUUCUGACCUCCUUCUUCUUGAGCAAUUGAAGGUGGAAUAUGAAGUACUUCCUGGAUGGAAGUCCGAUAUUUCUUCCAUAAGAAACUACUCUGAUCUUCCAAAAGCUGCGCGGCAGUACGUGGAAAGGGUAGAAGAACUUGUGGGGGUCCCUAUCCACUACAUUGGUGUUGGACCUGGACGUGAUGCCCUCAUAUACAAAUGA